ACUUGCAUUGUUCAACUCAUUAAUGAUAAAUUUUCCCACUUUAUCAAACCACAAAGUCUCAUUCCAUCUUCUCAUACACGACGCAACCCACCCAUUUCCAGGAUCCAUCCAUCUCCUACUUUAUCUUUUAUCUUCCCCAAAAAAUAAACAACUUUCUCAUUUCACUCUUUUCUCUUCUCUCAUCAGCAACAUUGAAAAUAGAAAGUAGAAACAGAGUAUCAAACACACAUGACAUGACCACAUAGCACACCUUCUGAAAGAGUGUAAAGAAAAACAUAGCAAAAACUAAAAUGGCUUUCUUUUUCUUCCUUCUCUUCUCCAUUCUACUCAACAGCAUUUCAAAUAGCUCAGGCUUCUCAUCACAACCAGGAAUCUGCUACGGUCAACUAGGAAACAAUCUACCAAAACCCUCAAAAUCACUCUCCUUAAUCAAAUCCUUAAACGCCAAACGCAUCAAAAUCUAUGACACAAACCCACAAAUCCUAACAACCUUAAAAAACACAAACAUCCAAGUCUCAAUCAUGCUCCCAAACGAACUCAUCACAAACAUCUCAUCAAACCAAACCCUCUCCGACCAAUGGAUCAAAUCCAACAUUCUACCUUAUUACCCACAAACCCUAAUCCGUUACCUCCUUGUAGGCAACGAAAUCAUCUCAUCCACACCAAACUCCACGUGGCUUCACCUCGUCCCUGCGAUGCGUAGAAUCAAACACUCUUUGAAAAAAUUCAGAGUCAAAAGAAUCAAAGUUGGUACUUCUUCUGCUAUGGAUGUUCUAGAAACUUCUUUUCCACCUUCAAACGCUGCGUUUCGUAAAGAUAUAGCGGUUCAAGUUAUUAAACCGAUGCUUAGGUUUUUAAACCGGACUAAAUCUUUUUUCUUUUUGGAUGUUUAUCCGUUUUUUCCUUGGAGCUCCGACCCGGUUAAUGUUAAUUUGGAUUAUGCUUUGUUUAGAGAGAGUAAUGUUACGGUUAAGGAUCCGGGUUCGGGUUUGGUUUAUACGAAUUUGUUUGAUCAGAUGGUGGAUGCGGUUUAUUUUGCAAUGGAGAAACUUGGGUUUCCGGAUAUUCGGAUAUUUAUCGCGGAAACGGGUUGGCCUAAUGGUGGUGAUGUUGAUCAAAUCGGUGCUAAUGUUUUUAAUGCUGCUACUUAUAAUAGAAAUUUUGUUAAAAAAGUUAUGAAAAAACCGAUUGUUGGGACACCAGCUCGACCGGGUUUGAUUCUUCCGAGUUUUUUAUUUGCUUUGUUUAAUGAGAAUAUUAAACCGGGUCCGGGUACGGAGCGGCAUUUUGGGCUAUUGUAUCCGAACGGGUCUAGGGUUUAUGACAUUGAUCUUUCGGGGAAGACACCGGAGGUGGAGUUUCCAGCACUUCCUCCGCCGGAGAAUAAUGAGCCGUAUAAAGGGAAGAUUUGGUGUGUGGCGGUGCGUGGGAGCAAUGUGACAGCGUUAGGGGAAGCGUUGACGUAUGCUUGCUCGCAGGGGAACCGGACUUGUGAUCCGGUUCAACCCGGGAAAAAGUGUUUUAAACCGGAUUCGGUUUUUUGGCAUGCUAGCUAUGCGUUUAGUUCUUACUGGGCUCAGUUUAAGAAGAUUGGAGGAACUUGUUACUUCAACGGGCUUGCUACUCAAACUGCAAAGGAUCCAAGUUAUGGAUCUUGCAAGUUUCCAAGUGUGACACUUUGAACGUGAAGGAGGAGAUGUCUUCAUCCUCCAGUUUGAAUCAUUCAUUAAUUGACAUUUCUAUAACAGGGAAUUUUAAUUUGGAAUACUUUUAUUGUAGUUUGAUGUUGCUUUCAUUUCAUCAAUGUGAGGUUCAUCCUCUAGUAACAUUCAACCCACAAAGGAGGAAUGAAUGAUUAUGAAUACUCGCAUAGCAAUGGUAGCCAAUAUUUGACAUCAUGAUACUGGAAUAAAGUCAUGUAGUACAAUGUUUUUAUCAUUUUUAUUUAUUGCAACACUUGGAUUCCUUUGGAUUGGCUAGCACAAUAAACGGUAAUUUUUAUGU